AUGCCUAGACACGAAGAUAACCAUCGAUCCCGCCGACAUAGAUCUCGGUCCGUAUCUUCACACUCCCGUGAGGACCGAGGGAGAGCCAAAGCUCGCAGCUCCAGAUCACAGAGACACCGGUCCUUGAGCCCCGACGGUAGAAAGCGCUCCAGGAGCCCACAAGGACGAAAAUCACACCGUUAUAGGAGCCGGUCAGUGGAAUCAAGCGAGGCAUCACAUAACCGAAAACACCGUUCUCGAGAGCCACGUCGACGAAGUCAUGACCGUGGGCGAAGAGAGCAGGAUGGACAUCGAUCACGCAGGCACCGCGAGGGCAGGGAACGCUCCGCUUCUCCCGCCCGGAGAUCACAUAGGCGUAGUCCUUCGCCUCAGGUAGGCAGACGAUCUGAUAAACCGCUCCCUUCCCAGCAGGAUGCGUUUUCGAAGACACCCCGAGACGGAUCUGGCCAGGCAACGCCGGUGGGCGAGCAAGAGAAAGAGAAAGCCAAUUACGGGAACACAGGCCGUCUAGCAGCUGAUACCAACACUGUUAGGUCCGGUGAUGGGUCCACCGCUAUUAUUUUAAAAUACAAUGAGCCUCCAGAGGCCAGAAAACCUCCAGCCAAAGAUGCAUGGCGGCUAUACAUCUUCAAGGACGAUAAUCUGCUGGAAACAAUCGAGCUGGGAGAUCGGAGCUGCUGGCUGGUUGGAAAGGAAAAGCUAGUUGCAGAUUUGCCUAUCGAUCACCCAAGCUGCUCCAAGCAGCAUGCAGCUAUUCAAUUCAGAUACGUCGAAAAACGAAAUGACUUUGGAGAUCGAGAUGGUAGAGUCAGGCCAUACCUAAUUGAUUUGGAGAGCGCAAACGGGACUACUGUUAAUGGAGAUCCAGCCCCGGCCAGACGAUACAUGGAACUUAUGGAUAAGGAUGUUUUGAAAUUUGGACUAAGUACAAGGGAAUAUGUGCUUCUCCUCCCGCCUCCUAGCUGA